UUUCUCUCUCUCUCUCUCUCUCUCUCUCUCUCGAUUCUCAUAGUCUUCUCCUGUCCUCUUUUCAUCUCUUGGUCGGUAAUCUUAAAGUUUCAAUCUUGAAAUGGUUGGUUCAGGUUUAGGUUUGCGGUUAGGGCUUCGGCUUUUGAAUCGACGAUUAGGAAUUGGAUUUCAUAUACGAACUAUCCUUUCAGUCUCCAACCUUUCGCGAUCUAAUUUCUACUGUACACCUUCCAUGGUAACCAAUUUGUCAUUCUCUUGUUUCUCUUCAGAUGCUUCUCCUUCCAACUCUUCGGAUUCAAAUCCUUUGAUCGUCGAUUACCUGGUCGAAUCCCUGGGCUUGUCCAAAACGCAAGCAAUUUCUGUUUCCAAACGAUCUUUGGGAGCGAAAGACUCUAAAAAGCCCGAAUCCGUUGUUCACUUUCUCCAACAGUUGGGAUUUUCGGAAGCUAAUGUUCGAGAUGCUGUUCGAGCUUCACCUCAAAUCUUAUUUGCAGAUAUCGAGAAGACCCUUAAACCUAAACUCCAGGUAUUUCAAGAACUAGGUCUCACCGGGUCUGAUCUGGUUCGGUUCAUUUCGAAGAACGCCAAUCUUUUAACCACUUUUAGCUUGGAUCGAAGAUUGAUUCCUUGCGUUGAGAUGCUGAAGAAGUUCCUCUCUCUCAAUGGUGAUCAUCGAGCCUUGAUUCUGGUUCUACAUAGAUGCAAAUUUGUCCUCUGCGGAGACCCAGAAGCAAGGCUGUUGCACAACAUUUCCUUACUGGAGAGCCAUGGGAUUGUUGGGUCUCAGCUCUCAGUGCUUUUUAAGCGGCAACCAUCUUUGUUUCUCUAUAAGGAAUCUGCGCUUAGGGACCAACUUAGAAGGGUUGUGGAGAUGGGUUUCUCUGCUGAUUCAAUGAUGUUCGUCCACGCCCUCCACACUAUCAGUUCCAUGAGUCCCGAGACUCUUAGAAGGAAAUUCGAGUUGUUUCAGGGAUUUGGUUUUUCAGAGGAGGAAUGCUUGGCGAUGUUUAAAAAGAUGCCAGUUCUGUUCAGAUGUUCGGAGGUGAAGUUAAAGUCAGGUAUCGAGGUCUUCAUGAACACUGUUGGGUUUGAAAAGACGGUGUUGGUUCAGCGACCUACAUGUCUGAUGUUUAGUUUAGAGAAUAGAACGAUCCCUCGGUACAGGGUUAUUGAGAUUUUGAUAUCGAAGAGGUUGUUGAAGAAGGAACCAAAUAUUUUUGUUCAGGUGCUGAAAUUGACUGAGAAGAAAUUCUUGGACAAGUUCGUUUCGAGAUUCAAAGAUGAUGCAGAGGAGUUGUUAAUUGCUUACAAGGGUGAUGCUUUGGAAUCUUUUAAGGAAUACAAAUCUACAUAGUUUCGUUUAGACCACCAAAUGAAAUAAAUUAGGAACCUUCUCAGUGACAGAUUGAUGGGUUGAGAUUUGAGAGUUUUAGAUCGUCCAGUGGUGUUGCAGACUGAUGUUCUCAAAAGACUCCCAACAAGUUUGUAUUUUUAUGAGAAACCCAGAUCAGGUUACUCAGCAGUCAGAUUGUUCAUUUCUCUAGUUAUAAAAGGACUCAGGAGGUCGAGCUGAAAAAGAAGCAGGAAGAAGAGGAGAAAACUAAAGAGAUGGAAUUGAGCACUUCUGAAGGAAAGGAAGAAUUGGGCUCUGAUCCUGAGCUUUUGAUGGUGAAGGUCACACUGGAUGCAUUAGAAGAGAUUAUGAAGGAGAUUGCUGCUGAUACAAAGAAACUCUCAGGUGGCAACUUAGCCAAUGAUGGAGUAGGCAUCAUGAAGCUGUUGGCUUAAACUUCCAAAGUAGAUUGGAAGUCAGUACUUCUGCAGCUGAGGGCGACCAGAUACAAGCUAAGAGAGGCUGGAUGCAUUAUAUCGACCUUUUGAUACCUCACAGAGGAACAAUAAGGAAAAUAAUAUUUAUAAGAGUAGCUCCCAAUCUAGUUUGUGUUGGUGGGGGAAUUGGGUAAAGUUACAUGAUUACCCAUAUUUGACUUUUCUUUUACAAAAUUAUCCAUUAAAAGUUUCAGUUAA